AUGGCCGUCGAAACGAGCGCCCCCACAGAGCCUGCCCUCUCCUUCCCACGCGACAUCUUCGCCGCCCUUUCUCCGACCGGCUUCCUGCAAGCACACCUCACGCCCGAAAGCGAUGCUACGCCCACUCGACCCAACGGACGCCCAUGCGCUACGGGCCGCCCACCCCUCGUCAACACCAACACGCUGACGCACAGCGCCGGCAGCGGAGUGGUGCGCCUAGGCGACACGGCCGUCGUGUGCGGCCUGCGCGCCGAGAUUCUACGCCUAGACGACGUGCCGAACCCGCCGAGCGGGAUGGGGGACGCCGGACCGGGGGACGACGUUGAGGGAGAAGAAGAACACGAAGACGACAGGGCAGAGAUUGAGGGCCUGGGCCUGCUAGUGCCGAACAUCGAGCUCGCGACGGGCGCCUCGCCCGCCCACGUCCCGGGCCAACCUCCCACUGCGGGCGCGCAGGCGCUGACGGCGCGUCUGCUGGCGCAGCUGCAUGCGACGCGCGUGGUGCGCGCCCGCGACCUGCGCAUCACGUAUACGCCGCCUCCGCGCGCCGACAUGGACGACUACGAUGACGACGAUCUCCCCCAGCGCCAGGUCAAGGCCUACUGGACGCUGUAUCUGGACGUGCUGGUGUUGAGCCUGGACGGUAACGCCUUCGACGCCGCGUGGGGCGCUGUGCUGGCCGCGCUGCGCAACGCGUACAUGCCCGCCGCGCGCUGGGACCCGGACACUGCGGGCGUGGUGUGCGCAGACGCGGUGGCCGAGGCGCGGCAUCUGCGGCUGCGCGGCCUGCCUGUCGCGGCGAGCUUUGCGGUGUUUGCGGGCGAUGGGCGUGCGGGCAAGGAGGCGCGGCAGGGGGGCGAAGACCGUGCUUGGCUGCUUGCGGACCCCGACGCGUUCGAGGAGCGCCAUUGUCGCGAGGUCGUGUGCGUGGUGCUGGAUUGUUCGGGAGGGAAGACGGCGCUGCUCCGCGUCGAGAAGCAUGGCGGGGGCGUGGUGGACAGGGCCGCGCUGCGGAGCGUGGUCCGUCUGGCCGAGGGGCGGUGGCGCGAGUGGUCUGUUGCGCUGGAGUGGGAUGCGCCGAGGUGA